AUGGUUUACGCGGGGCUGUCCCGAGAGUUAGAGCCCCUUCGAGCUGCAGCAGCAGCGGCGACAGCAGCAGCAGCUGCAGCAAAUAAGGCAGCAGCGCCCAGUAAGGCAGCAGCAGCAGCAAAGAAGGCAGCAGCAGCAGCAGCAGCAACGGCAGCAGCAGCAGCAGCAGCAAAGAAGGCAGCAGCAGCAGCAGCAGCAGCAGCAGCAGCAAUGAACAAACACAAGAAGCGCCGCGGUCUUGGCUCUGUGCUGUCUGCCCUGAAGCCCCCCUCCAAACCCUCAGCAGCAGCAGCAGCAGCAGCAGCAGCACCAGCAGCAGCAGCAGCAGCAGCACCAGCAGCAGCAGCAGCAGCAGCACCGGCAGCAGCAGCAGCAGCAGAUGAAGGGUUUCCUGAAGCAGUUAGCCUCGACUGCGAAAUGGUUGGUUCACAAGUUGCCCUCGUAAACGAAAAAGGCGAAACCCUCGUCAAUGAAUUGGUGAAGCCGCAGCUGCCAGUCACGGACUUGAGGGCCCACAUAACUGGUAAACCCUAA